UUCCCUAGAGUUCUAGUUUCUCCACAUAUGAAGUAUAUAGAAAAAAUAGAGCAGAGAUGGCGCUAUAUAUAGUGACGUGGUCCUUGCGGGGUGUAUACAGGAGAUGACAGGAAUAAGGAUGCUCCCCUCUGUGGUAUCAGAAAGAGGAAAAGCAGGAUUAGAUCUCUGGUCGCCCACAUACAACAUAUGCUUUACUGAUGGCUGCACAGACCACUGACCUACAGACAGACAUGGAAACCUGGGUGAUUCUUCUCAGUGUCAUCAGUGAAAAUAAUAUAAAGGCUACACAGCAGUAACUAUCCCAAGAAUAGACCCAUCAAAGCGGGAACACAGAGAACGAAGGAAAGCAAGAAAGAUACAGACCUUUCAUGUUCCUUCAGCUGAGAUCAAUUGUUCUUCUCUUCACAAACACUGAAAAAGCAGACAACUACUCAGAGGAGCCGACAGUCACAGGAGACGACUACUCCGAGGAGCCGACAGUCACAGGAGACGACUACUCUGAGGAGCCGACAGUCCAAGGAGACAACUACUCCGAGGAGCCGAUAGUCAUAGGAGACGACUACUCCGAGGAGCCGACAGUCACAGGAGACGACUACUCUGAGGAGCCGACAGUCCCAGGAGACGACUACUCCGAGGAGCCGAUAGUCACAGGAGACGACUACUCUGAGGAGCCGAUAGUCACAGGAGACAACUACUCAGAGGAGCCGACAGUCACAGGAGACGACUACUCCGAGGAGCCGACAGUCCAGGGAGACAACUACUCCGAGGAGCCGAUAGUCAUAGGAGACGACUACUCCGAGGAGCCGACAGUCACAGGAGAUGACUACUCUGAGGAGCCGACAGUCCCAGGAGACGACUACUCCGAGGAGCCGAUAGUCACAGGAGACGACUACUCUGAGGAGCCGAUAGUCACAGGAGACAACUACUCAGAGGAGCCGACAGUCACAGGAGACGACUACUCCGAGGAGCCGACAGUCCAGGGAGACAACUACUCCGAGGAGCCGAUAGUCACGGGAGACAUUUACUCAGAGGAGCCGACAGUCACGGGAGACAACUACUCCGAGGAGCCUACAGUCACGGGAGACAACUACUCCGAGGAGCCGACAGUCACAGGAGACGACUACUCCGAGGAGACGACAGUCACGGAAGACGACUACUCCGAGGAGCCGACAGUCACGGGAGACAACUACUCCGAGGAGCCGACAGUCACAGGAGACAACUACUCCGAGGAGCCGACAGUAACAGGAGACAACUACUCCGAGGAGCCGACAGUCACAGGAGUGGCCCAGGGAGGGAAGAGCUAUAAGAUCAGGUUGGGAAUUUGGAGACCAUGGUUCAAAUCCUGGUGCUAAGAAUAUGGGACAGAAUAUGAAAUGUCUCUCGGUAAUCUCCUUACAGCGAUAACUUGUUUACUAUAUAGAUUAUGACGCCAUCGCUGCUUUCAGUUUUUAGAGGCCUUUUCAGAAAGGAAAGCAGCGAUCUGAUUGGUUGCUAUGGGCAACUCCGCAGCUUUCCCUCUGGACGGGUUUUAUAAAUCUCCCCCAUUGU